AUAAGUUUCAGUACUAGGAGAACGUAUCUAACGCCAGAUGGCGGUAAUGCAAAUCUGGUAACGUGUAAAUAAAACAAUAUGUCAGCGUCCAUUGCGUUAGACUCACUGUUGUUAGACUAUACUCUGACUGAGAGACUGACAACAACAAUAACUAUAUACGCCUAUACAACAAGCUACGUACGUGCAUACCCGUAGCUUGUGUAGGCUGUAGACGCCAAGAUUGGUACUUUCCCUACAGUACAGCGGACACAUGCACGGGCGGAUAAGUAUCAUAAGAGGGUCUAUACAAGAACAAGAUGGGGGUUGAGAGUAAAUCCACUGUUACCCCACCAGCGGAGCCAGACAAUGCUUCAGCCUGUGCUAACCCAACGAAGUCACCUUUCAUCACUCAUAUCCAUGUGAACGUAGCACUGAUACUGCUGAGUGCAGUUGCCAUGGCUACGCGAUUUUGGCAGCUGUCUCAACCAGCUAGCAUCGUAUUUGAUGAACUCCACUUUGGAAAAUUUGCCGCAUUAUACAUGAACAGGACGUUUUUCUUUGACUACCAUCCACCAUUGGGGAAGCAAUUAUUGGCACUUGGAGCCUGGCUUGGAAACUUUGAUGGUAACUUCAAAUUUGAAAGAAUAGGACAAAGUUACGCAUCCACCGUUCCAAUAUGGCACAUGCGAUUGAUUCCGGCAUUGUGUGGCAGUCUCAUUGUGCCGGUGGCAUAUCAGACUGUUGUUGAGCUGGGCUUCUCUCACUAUGCAGCUACGCUCACCGGUUUUCUCAUCGUGUUCGAUGGCGCUCUCCUUGUACAGUCACGCUUCAUGCUGCUAGAGCCGAUGCACGUCUUGUUUGCAAUGUCUGGUCUGCUAGCGGUACUGCGGCUGCAGCGGCUUCAAUACAGACCUUUCUCAGUUCAGUGGUGGUUCUGCCACAGUGUCCUAGGUGUGUCAGUCAUAUUGGCAUUAUGUAUUGGCAAUUACAUUAUAGUAUGUCAAAUUUGUAUAACAGGUGGCCCGUAUUUUUGCACGUUCAGUGAUUCCAUGGUGGUUGAUCAAACACCACAACCACUGAAACAUGGAGACGUAGUGGAGCUGGUGCAUGGAAUGACAAAUCAUGCCCUUAACAGCCACAACGUCGCGGCACCCUUAACCCCAUCAAGCCAAGAGGUCACCUGUUACAUUGAUCACAAUGUCUCCAGUCCUGCACACACACUGUGGAGGAUCGAUAUUCUCAACCGGAAGACAGAUGAUGACGUGUGGAUUUCUGUACAGUCGCAUGUCAGACUUCAACAUGUUGAUUCUUCAUUAGCUCUUAAGAUAAGUGGCAAGCAGCUUCCAGACUGGGGAUUCCACCAGUUUGAGGUGGUGACUGAUAAUGAAUUCAGUCAUGAGAUGACGGCAUGGAAUGUAGAGGAACACCGAUAUACAAAGGUAGAGGGCAAGCAGCAACGAGAGCAUGAUCUAACGUCAGCGGAGAUGAUCCCAACUCAUCCCAUUAAAUUAGGGUUCUGGCGGAAGUUUGCUGAGCUACAGGAGAAGAUGUUGAUGACAAGAAUAGAUCGACCGUUAGAGCAUAUGUACAGCUCAAGGCCUUUGGAGUGGCCAUUACUGGGGAGGACCACGGCAUACUGGGUCAGCAGCGAGUCCAAUGCUCAGAUACACCUGCUAGGUAAUUUCGUGAUUUGGUACAGUGGAGUCGCUGCUGGUUUGGCAUACUGCGGGUUGUUGGUGUUCUACCUGAUUAGGAGGCAAAGGCAGUGCUAUGACAUUGAUGAAGGUACAUGGAAUAAAUUCCGAGGCAUAGGAGAAGUUCUUCUUGGUGGCUAUGCACUCAACUACGUGACAUACUUUCUAACAGAUGCUACGCUCUUCUUGUACCAUUAUAUACCGGCUCUUGUGUUUAAGUUCAUGCUUCUGGCCACCAUGGUUGAACAUGUCUACAUGCUGAUCGGGAGCUGUAAAGGUAAUUGCAGGUUACUGCAGUUGAUCUUCCGGUGUUUAAUACUCAUGUGGCUUGCCUACAUUUUAAUUAUCUACAUUAGGUAUGCGUCGCUGUGCUAUGGGGACAAGGCACACACUGAUGAGGAGCUGAGACGUCUAAAACUCAAAGACACCUGGGACUUUAUAUUACACGAACGAAACUGUCUAGUUCCUUAAGUUGGCACACUUGAAACGUAGAUAACUGAAACUUUAUUGUGCACGGUUGCACAAUCUAUUUAGGGACAAAAUAUAAGUCCCUAAAAGACUUGAAUCAUGAAUGAAAUCCUGAAACAUUGCUACUAACGAUUCUUGCAAGUGUGUGAUGAGUUUUAGUGCGUUAUGCACCCUGCCAAUUGUUGUGUGUACAGAAAAGCCACAUCAACGUGUGAUUGUAUACAUUGCAAACGGCAGUAUAAUUAAAUAAAGUCUACACCUGCUUUGUAUAUUGGAUUUAUAGUAUAUACCUUUCAUAGAGCGUGGGUGCUAUGUUACUUUUCAUAGG